AUGGGGAGGCGGUGGACGGUCGGCGUUUUGAUCGUCGUCCUGGGAAUAGUCAUUGGAAACAAGCAAUUCGGUUCUCGUUUUGGGUGGGACAAAGACGCUGCAUUCCACCUCUUAGCUCAAUGGUCCGAUCGACUGGGCAUUUGGGCCAUGCCUCUUUACGUUGGGGUUCACACCCUGACCCUCGCUCUCUGCUUGCCCUACGCCGUUUUCUUUGAGGCGGCUGCUUCUCUCCUGUUCGGCUUCUUCCCGGCGCUUCUCUGCGUUUUCUCUGCCAAAAUCUUGGGAGCUUCCCUGUCCUUUUGGAUCGGCAGGCUAGUUUUCCGGAGAUCAAGCUCAGCAGCGGCAUGGGUGCAGAGGAAUAAAUACUUCCAUGUCCUUUCAAGAGGAGUUGAGCGAGACGGUUGGAAAUUUGUCCUUCUGGCGCGCUUCUCACCCGUUCCCUCUUACAUGAUAAACUAUGCUCUAGCUGCCACUGGAGUUGGCUUCUUGGUGGACUUUCUGCUCCCUACAGUGGUUGGGUGCCUGCCUAUGAUUCUGCAGAAUACAUCCAUAGGCAGCCUUGCUGGUGCUGCUGUUGCUUCUGCAUCUGGUUCUCAGAGAUCCAAGGCUUGGUCAUAUUUGUUUCCCUUGCUUGGAAUUGGAUCUAGCAUUAUCAUCUCCUUGAGGAUCAGAAAGUACUCCUCUGAAUUUGCAAAGGUUGCAGGUGAUCCGAGUGGUGUUGCUGAUGGUGCCAAUUCUUCUUCAUCCCUACGUGGCAAUCAAGCUAAAGCUGACUAG